AUGAGUGGCGCCGACCCGCACCGGUCGUUCCUGAUCAGAGACAUCCUGGGUCGGAGAGAUGAGGCGAAGGAGGAGCAGGAGGAAGAGGACGUCAUGACCGCCGCCUCCGCUGAGGAUGGCGCAAACGAGGAUUUCGGUGCAUAUGGCUCAUCCAAGUGUUCGAGCCACUCGCUAGCUUCACCCGACAGCAUCCGAGGAGGCUACCAAAGCCCCGAGCCUGCCUGCAGUGAACACCAAUCCAAGAGGCCGAGAAGACGUCGGACGGCGUUCAGCCACGGUCAGCUGGCCUUCCUCGAGAGGAGGUUCCGCGUGCAAAAGUACCUCUCCGUGGCCGACCGAGCCGAGGUGGCCGACACGCUCACACUCACCGAGACACAGGUCAAAACCUGGUACCAGAACAGACGAACAAAAUGGAAGCGGCAGAACCAGUUGCGUCUGGAGCAGUUACGUCAUCAUCCCAGUAUGACGUCACAGGGAGACAAGCCGGCCGGCAGCUACCACAGCCUGCUGCUGGACAUCCAGUCGGCGGCGGCGGCAGCUGCGGCAGCUGCAGCUGCCCAGGGCGGCUGUCUGCUGCCGACCUCGGCAGCGCCGGCCGUCUUCCCCGCCCUGCAGUUUCUGCCGACCAGCUCUGGACACGUGCAGUAG